CUGUAAACAACCCCAGUCCUCUCCUUUGACCCUUUGUUGGAGGUUGAGCACAUCCCGCUUGGCCAUCUAGGUGAGGCAAGAUUCAAAUCAUGUGGGGUGACAGCACCCCACACCUUCUUGUUUGGCUUCCUCUGAGCCUCACCUCCACCAGCCACUGUGGUCUAACCCCCUUUAUCCAAGAGAAGAAGACCCUAGAGGACUGGCCACAGUCUAGUCAGGCUGAAGAAAUGUCAACAAUUCGGAGUUUUGAAGGAUUCCAGCCUGUGUCUCUGAAACAAGAGGGAGAUGAUCAAGCCUUUGAGACUGAUCAUCUGUCUGCAAAGGAGGAGGACCCAGACACGCUCUCAGGUCUAAGGCAGAUAUCCAGGCUGCCAAGCAUGACUGGAUCAUCACUCUGCCCCAAUCCUUAUCACCGGCCUUAUAGCUCAAGGAAGUACUUCGUUACGCGGCCGGGCACCAUUGAGACUGCCAUGGAAGACUUGAAAGGCCACAUAGCCAAGACUUCUGGAGAGACAAUUCAAGGCUUCUGGCUCUUGACAGAGAUAGAUCACUGGAACAAUGAGAAGGAGAGGAUCUUGCUGGUCACGGACAAGACUCUCUUGAUCUGCAAAUAUGACUUCAUCAUGCUCAGCUGUGUGCAGUUGCAACGGAUUCCCCUGAGUGCUGUCUAUCGCAUCUGCUUGGGCAAGUUUUCCUUCCCUGGGAUGUCACUGGACAAGAGACAAGGAGAAGGUCUUAGGAUCUACUGGGGGAGUCCAGAGCAGCAGUCACUCUUGUCCCGCUGGAACCCAUGGUCCACUGAAGUGCCUUAUGCUACAUUCACUGAGCACCCUGUGAAAUACACCAGUGAGAAGUUUAUUGAAAUUUGCAAGUUGUCUGGGUUCACGUGUAAGCUCAUUCCAGCGAUCCGGAAUGCCCACAAGAAUUCCACUGGAUGCGAAGGAGGAAAGGGGUUGAUUGUGUUAACUGAACCCAUUUUGAUUGAGACCUACACGGGGCUGAUGUCAUUCAUUGGAAACCGCAACAAACUUGGCUAUGCCCUGGCCCGGGGAAGCAUUGGUUUUUGACACUCUCUUUGGAAGAUAAGUACAUCAUCCAUAGAUACAUUAUUAUUGAAAAUUCUGUUUCAGCCUACCAUAUUUUUUGAUUGAAACACUUACUUUUAAGUAGUAUUAACAUGAUUUUGAAUAUUUAGUAUCUUAGGAAAUAUAAAGCUUGAUUAGACUGAUAGAUGCACUCUUCCAAGCUCAUACAAGAAUAAGCACAUCUCCUAAAAUCAGAAAAUAAAUUGUCCUAAGCCCAUCAAGCAAUGCUGUCUAAUGAAUGCCUGAUCAUAAACUCAGGGCAGACCCUCUGGGUUCUUGUCCUUCUGUCCUCUAAAUGUAGGCAUGUUCUGGGUCUUGAUCUUCAGCCUUCUGAUCCCAAUCUUCUCAUGCACUGAGGUCUUGAUCUAUAUUAUUUUAUCUCCCUUCUUUAUGACCAGGGCUUCCAAAUCCAUAUUCCCAUUUCUGGUAUUUUUUCAAGAUUCAGUUUUGCAUUCCUGUCUGCUAGUCAUCUAUAUCACUUUUCCAAUGGCCACAUACAUUCAGCAUCUUCAAAAUCCUGUAUUUCUCUGUGAUUUUUUUUUAAUGAUACAAUUCUCCAUCCCUGAAAUCCAUCAAUUUUGAUGGCUUUAAAUUCUUUGCCAAAUACAUUCCUUAUAGUUUCUGUCAGUCUGUUUGGACUGCUUUAACAAAAUGCCACAGACUGGGUGGCCUCUAAACAAUAUGUUUAUUUCUUACAGUUCUGGAGGCUAGAUUUCUGAGAUUAGCUCAGUAGCGUGAGCCCCUCUUUUGAGAUUGCAGACUUCUCAUUAUUAUCCUUACAGGUAAAGGGGCAAGGGAGUUGUGCUUCCUUUAUAAAGGCAUUAACCUCCUUCCAGAGAUUUCAGCCCUCACAACCUUAUUACCUGAAUCUUCCCCACCUCUUAUUAUGAUGUCAGCAUGUAAAUUUGAGGGAGGGGGCACAAGCAUUCAGACCGUAUGUGACUUAGUAUUGGACCCAGUGCCCAGAUAUCAAACUUAAAAUUUUUCAUUCUUCUUUCAAAAUUCUUCAUCUAUUCCUUCUCCAUUGUAUUCUCAUAAGUAUGUUAUUCGAUCACUUUUUCGUUCCUGUUUACCUAGAUAAUUGCUGUAGCCUUUUAAUUAGUAUUCCCUACUCCCAGGCUGAUCCUCUUCCAAUUCAGCAGGCACUUGGUUUCCAGAUUCCUAAAGUGGAACUUGAUCAUAUCAUUUACUGCUCAAAAGCUUCCAAUGACUAUUUCCUUUCGCAGUUUUUUGUUUGUUCACACAUUUUGUUUUUUUCAGUAUCAGACUUUUCCUUCUAUUGAAAUCUGUUUCAGGUGCCCAAUAUAUAAGACAGAUAGAAAGAAGUAGGAGCACUCUGAUUGACAUAAAAAUAAGCAUGUCAGUGACCUCAGAAAUGCCCCCUGCGGAAUGUCUAUGGAUCCAGAGGAUUUAAGAAGCAUGUUUUCAAAAACACGGUCCUAAUUCAUCCUGUUUCCAUUUUCUUUUCUUUUGUAUUUCCUUUUUGUCUCUCCCUGACUUAUGUCUAAUUUUGAACAACUCAGGAGAUUAACUCAUUUGUUUUCAACUCUAAAAGAUUUUCUUUUUCAAUUUUAUUGUGUUUUUAAGUUUAUUUUGAAAAGAAGUUUUUAAUGUUGAAUGCCAUAAACAGUAUUAUAAUCAGAUUUUUGCCUGUCCCAAGACUCAAAGUUGAGAUACCUUGGCUUGUACUCAAGUUAAAAAUUCCAGCUUUUGGGGGGGCGGGGCUUAUGUGAAGUUCAUUUUUAACGUCUUUUUUCCAACAUGCUUACUUCCUCAAUUUCCAAGAUUUGUCCUCUGAUAGUUUACAAAUAUCAAUUUGAUGGAGGCAUUCAAAAUCCAAACCUUGAAGAACUCUCAUUUUAUUUUGGCUUUAUCUUUGUUUACUUCCAUUAUUGUUUCUCUCCCUCCCUCUCUUUCCACUCUCCAGCACCCACUUUUCCCCCCCAUAAUGGCAAAUAUUGUUACAAUCCCCAAGGCAGGGAACUUCUAUUUAGACUGUAAAAGGAAAUGUUGAAAUCCUUAGCUGUCCUGUCAACAGUAGUGGAAUGAAAAGUCGUUGGAUUAUUUUGGCAGUGGUUCUGAAGUAGGCACAAUUGGCAAAUUAUUAUGACAUCGCUGCCCGAAAAUCCCCAUUUUGCCUCAAGAUAGUGGCAUUUGUUGGCAGAAGCCUCUGAAAUGUCCAGCACAUUCUCUCUCAAGUUACCAUUUAAGGAUCAGUCUAACAAUUGACUUCUUUCUGCAUAUUCAUUCCCUUUGUAACCUAGGCUGGACUCUUCCCAAAUGACCUUCGAAAAGACACAGUGUAACAUUAUCAAUGGAGCACAUCAGAAAAGAUGAGAGGAAGGAGAUGUCUCUUAGCCCUGAGGUCCAGUGGGUAACUAUAGGGCACCAAAGAUAUUUAGUGUGGAGAAGAGUGAUCUCAGAGAUGACAUGAGACCUAUCUUCACAUUUCACACAGACUGUCCUGUGGGAGUAUUCCAGAAACUUAUAAAUGGGAUCUAGAAAACAGGAUUAUGACCAGAGGAUAAGAGAAGUCAGGGAUUUAGAUGAUAGUUUAAGAUAAGAAAGAACUUCUUAUAGUUAGAAAUGCCCAAAGAUGUGAUGGUUGUUCCUUCGAAGAGUGAGUCCCCCCAAAACUUGAUGUGUGCAAGUAAGGACUAGAUAAAGUGUACAUUGUGAAAAGGAUUUCUAAAGAGAGGACUGAUAAAAUCCUUUAAAGCCAGAGAUGUUAUGAUUAUCCAAUUAAUUGUUGCUAAUGAUUAGGUAAUAGACUUUUUUUCUUCGGAAAGAGUUGAAUCAGUGAUGUGAGACCAUGGAAAAUUACCUUCACUUUCCUAAGGUUUAAUUUCCUCUUUUGUAAAUUUGGGACAGUGUGCUCUCUUCUGCCCACUUCAUAAAGAUCUUGUGA